AUUAAAUCAAAAAAAAACUAAGAAUAAAUGACAACUACUCUUCCUUUUAUAUCGAAGAACAAGAACUAUGUGGAAAUGAAAGCUGUUACUUGGCAAAAGGAUUCUCACGGAUUGUUUGAUUAUGAGACGAAAUCUUUAAGCGUUAAAAAACAUAGGGUUGAAGGAUCAUGCAAAGUCAGCAGAGAAGAGAAUGAAAUAGUUAUACAAGAUGGAAAGGCUAAGGAUGAAGCAAACUUACCUCUAACAUCCAUUUAAGCUUAGGGAGACUAAUAUUUUAUUCAACCGAAUCAAAACUCAGCAGAAAAUGAAAAUUUUUUAAUCGUUCGUAGUUUAAAAAAUGCCGACGGUGUUUAGAAGGGUUAUACAUUGUAAGAGGGGGAUCUUCUAAAAUUAGGCAGAGUUGAAUACCACGUGAUUGAAAUCAGAGACAGCAAGGGACAAAUAAGGACAGUGAAGGAUGUGUUCUAGUCAGAAGCCAAAAUUACACCCUCCUUGGAUGGGAAUGUAACAUAGUAGUGCAAAAUAUGUUUAAAUGAAGAAGAGACCCCAGAAGAUCCAUUUAUCACCCCUUGUAAAUGCAAUGGAAGUUGUGCUUACGUGCAUUUCAAUUGUCUUAAACAAUGGUUAGAAAGCAGAGGCUACAAAAAAGAAUCCGGCAACACAAUUUCCUACAGAUGGAAGAAAUUAGAGUGUGAAGUGUGUAAAGAAUUGUUGCCACAAUAAAUCAGAUUCAAAGGGAAAGUGCUAGAUUUGGCUGCCUUGGAAAGACCCAAUCAACCAUAUAUAAUCCUUGAAAACACAUAAAUCUCAGAAAAGGAUAAAAAGGCCUAAAGAGGAAUUUACCUUAUCAAAGGGACUCCAGAUGACUAAAUCAAAUUAGGUCGAGGUCAUUAAUGCGAAAUUAGAAUAUCAGAUAUCUCAGUAUCAAGAUUACAUGCAUUUAUCAAAUAUGAAAUGGGCAAUUUUGUUAUAGUUGAUAAUAAUAGUAAAUUCGGUACUUUAGUUCGACUUUAAACUCCAUACCUGUUGUGCAUGGAUAAAAUAGCCAUUUAGGUUGGUAGAACUGUGUUGACAUUUGUAAUGAAAUCCUUUUAGAAUCUUAAUCCCAAUAUCCAUGGUGCAGGUGUUCAGACUGUUCAUAUGAGCGAUUAAUAAAGAGCUGCCUUACAGGGAGGCUAAACUGGAUUUUAUUAAGGUGCAAACAAAACACAAACAAACAAUACCAAUAACAACAAUUAGAAAAAGAACGAUAAGAAUUUAGGUUGA